CGAAGGCGGGGAUCCGUCCAGCCGGCCCGUUUGGAUAUUUCUGAUCGACGAGGGAACUGCAAAUACUCCUCGGUCCAAACACCAAGAAACAGUGGAGCAUGGAGCGUCUCCGGCCGAGGGACAGACAGAUGUUUUCCGGGUUUACGAAGGGCGAGAUAGCGAAAAUGGAGAAAUUGAUAGAGGAAUCAGGAGAACAAUUGCUUGAUCGAGAUUUUUGUCAAAAAGUUACCAAACGUUUCAAUCGGUCCUCCGGUCGUGCUGGGAAGCCUGUAAUAAAGUGGAUGGAGGUAUACGAUUGGUUUGAAAGCAGACUGCAAGACUUCCCAAAAAUUGAAAAGAGGAUGUCUGAAAUUCCCAAAGCUUGCCCUUCCAAUAAGACUCAGGAAAGUUCUCAAGGCCCCGAAGGCAAAAAGAAACCAGAUUUGUCAGAGUUGGAAUUUGAAGCAAGGUCUUCAAAAGAUGGUGCAUGGUAUGAUGUUGCUAUGUUCCUUACACAUAGAUUUCUUAGUUCAGGCGAAGCUGAAGUGCGUGUCAGAUUUGUUGGAUUUGGAGCUGAGGAAGAUGAAUGGGUCAACAUAAAACAGUCAGUACGAGAACGCUCUGUCCCUCUAGAACAUUCAGAGUGCCAGAAGGUGAAGGCUGGGGACCUUGUACUCUGCUUCCAGGAGAGGAGGGAUCAGGCAAUCUACUACGAUGCCCAUAUUGUAGAAGUCCAGAGGAGAAUGCAUGAUAUUAGGGGCUGCAGGUGUCUUUUCUUGAUUCGUUACGAUCAUGAUAGCACCGAGGAAAAAGUUCGUUUGAGAAGAUUAUGUCGCAGACCGGCACAUCAAUUCUAAUCUGUCUUUGCCAUCGAUUCAUCACCUUUCCAUGUGUCACUCCAACAUCUAAGCUGGAGAGUGAAGACAUGGAAUGGUUUGCCUCAGAAAGCACAAUAGCUCAAGCUAGUUUUGUCUGUUCUUUCAGCAGGUUGAGGUAAUGUUGUAUGUAAAAUUUCAUAAUAGAACCGGUUUCAUGUUUUCACCGUAUUGCUUCUGUAACCAUGGCAUCUUUAAUUUCUUCCGAAGACGAUAAACCUCGGGGACAAGAAUGGGACACGCACAUGUAAUUGUUGCAGAUACUCGUCUCUGCUAAUCGGGCAAAGACGAGUUCAAAGUUUAUGUAGGCUUGCAAAUCUCUGUCCUAACUCUAACCAGAUUACUAAAACAUAUUAGAGUAUAUUAAUGAAUGAUUUGUAUGAUGAUCUUAGAAAGAAAAAAGGAAUUUAUAGGUGUAA